AAAAAAAAAAAAUAAAAAAAAUAAAAAAAUGGCUACAACGGCAGCAAAUAGCCAAAGACAAACGAUAGGUUGCGAGGAAUACAGUCUGUACAGUAGCUUGAGCGAAGAGGAGCUUGUAAAGAUGGCCAUCCAGCAGAGCCUGGAAGAGGAGCCCGCGGGUCAGCCAGCUGCCCAGAGCCACCAGAAGUCGCUGGUGGUGGGUCCCGGCGAGGCGGCCACCCCCAGCCCCGCCGGCAGCCACAACCCACCCUACCACAUCUACCCCUGGCAACGAUUGGCGGCCCAGCCGAGAGGCCGUGCUCAGCCGUCCAGCUCGGGGGCAGCCUGGGGGGUCAGGCGAAGGUACGACGGCAGCCUGUUCAGCACGUCCCAGCCCGUAGAACUUGACCCUGUAGUGGCAGCAAUCAAGGAUGGAGAUGAAAAAGCAGUAUGCAACAUGAUGAAAUCAGGAAAAGAUCUUUCUGAACCUAAUAAGGAUGGCUGGAUACCCCUCCAUGAAGCUGCGUACUACGGCCAAGUGGGUUGCCUGAGCCUGUUGCAGAAAGCGUACCCUGGCACAAUCGACCAGCGCACCCUCAACGAGGAGACGGCUCUCUACCUGGCCACCAGCCGGGGCAACCUGGACUGCCUGCUCACCCUGCUGCAGGCUGGGGCCGAGCCUGACAUCUCCAACAAGGCCAGAGAAACCCCGCUCUACAAAGCUUGUGAGCGCAAGAAUGCAGAGGCCGCAAGGCUCCUGGUGCAGUACAAUGCUGAUACCAACCACCGUUGCAAUCGAGGAUGGACAGCUCUCCAUGAGGCUGUCUCCCGAAAUGACCUGGAGAUUAUUGAUAUCCUUGUGAAAGGGGGUGCCAAGAUUGAGUCUGCAAAUGCCUAUGGGAUCACUUCUUUAUUUGUGGCAGCUGAGAGUGGGCAGUUGGAAGCUCUGAGAUACCUCGCAAAGUGUGGUGCUGAUAUAAAUACUCAAGCCAGUGAUAAUGCUUCUGCUCUUUAUGAAGCCUGUAAGAAUGGACACAUACAUAUUGUGGAGUUUCUUUUGUCCCAGGGAGCAGAUGCUAAUAAAGCCAAUAAGGAUGGCCUGUUACCUCUUCACAUAGCAGCCAAAAAAGGGAUUUGCGAGAUUGUCUCCAUGCUGAUCCCUGUGACCAGCCGCACCCGUGUCAAGCGUAGUGGCAUCAGCCCCUUGCACCUGGCAGCUGAACGCAACAACGAUGACAUCUUGGAAGAGCUGAUUGAUGCUGGCUAUGAUGUCAACACUACCCUCUCCGAUGAACGAUCCUGCCUGUAUGAGGACAGACGCACCACCCCCUUAUAUUUUGCUGUUUUUAACAACAACAUCUAUGCCACAGAGCUCCUGCUGCAAGCCGGAGCCAACCCCAAUGUCGAUCUCAUCAACCCAUUACUCAUCUCCAUCCGCCAUGGCUGUCUGAAGACCAUGAAACUGCUCCUUGACCACGGAGCAAACAUUGAUGCCUACAUAUCAAGCCAUCCCACCGCGUUUCCGGCUACCAUCAUGUUUUCGAUGAAGUACCUUUCCGUGCUGAAGUACCUCCUGGAUCUGGGCUGUGAUGCAGGUUCCUGUUUCGAGUGCCAGUACGGAAAUGGCCCACACCCUGUAUUAAAUUACAGACGGGACAGACUUAAUGAUCCUCAGCAGUCCAAGGAGCCAACUGUAGUACAGUUUUGUGAAAUGAUAUCUACUCCCGAGAUGAGUCGCUGGGCUGGGCCAAUCAUCGAUGUUCUCCUGGAUUAUGUGGGUAACGUGCAGCUCUGUUCCCGGCUCAAGGAACAUAUUGACAGCUAUGAGGAUUGGGCUGUCAUUAAAGAAAAAGCAGAGCCCCCACGACCUCUUUCCCAUCUUUGCCGCAUCAAGGUUCGAAGACUGGUUGGAAGAGACCGCAUUAAACUUCUCAACACCUUGCCUCUGCCCGACAGACUGAUUCGAUACUUACAGCAUGAUUACACACAGUGACCCCAGGCACACCAGACACGCAGCGGCUUCCCGGCACGGCACCCAGCAUCAUCAGCAUGGUGAGAGCACACGUUGUGCACAGCGGGGAGGAAUUGCUGCUGGCUUGGUCAAGCGCCCUCCAAUGACUAACCUAAGAGAAAUAUGCUUCUGAAGCAUGAGUGAGAAGAAAAUGGAGGAGACAGAGAGCUAAACGUAGGACUGUUGUUGGGUUUUCCGAGAGAAAACACAUACGAUUCACCUCAGAGCUUGGUUUGCAAAGAACGAGAGAUGAAAGCCAACACUGAAAAAUGAAUAGUGCUGAAGCAAGUAUCAGUGAGGAAUUCAAAGGUAUCCUGGGGUUGUGGUGGAGCUUAGCAUCCUUGCUGUGAUCUCAAUUCAGAAAUUGUCAAGACUCAACAUAUUUGGGAAAACAACCAUUUCCUUCAUUGACUGAGAUUUUUAUUUUAGCUUCUAUUCUACUGUUUGGAUUUCUGCUAAGUGUGCUUGUUGCUAAUUCUCUGAUACUUUGACACCAUCUUGCUAACACUUUUACUUUCAUUUUUUGGACCUUUCUUAUUGAGCACAGUAUUUGAUUUCUGAACAAUCAAAUCUCGGAACUUUUUAACAGACUAAAAUUCAGAAACACUGACUCCUUUAAAGGUCAAGGAAAGGUUUAUUUAAGGAGGUUGUAAUAAUUGUAUUUGCACAUAGUGAAUACACUUCAUUUCGUAUUACAUUUGCAAUGAGAAGUAUGGAAAAUUCUGCUUGAGCGAAUUUCCUAGACUGGGGAUUUGAAAGCUAAUCUGAGCUCUGUUUGUUUUUUUUUUUCUUUGUUUGUUUGUUUGUUUGUAUAAAUUAGAAGUAGCUGCACUGGAAACAGUAGCUUUACUCUGUCAUGAAGCUGGUGUCAGAACAGAACAAAGCCCUAGAGGAGCAGGAACAGAAAGUGAUGUGAAGGAGAGAGGUGAGGCACGUAAGGAGAGGCAGCACUGCUAAACCAAAUUUAUCUGUUCCUCCCCUAGAAGAUCUUGUCCCUACAAAACCCAGCCUCUCUUACUAUCUUGGAUCUCGGUGUCUAUAACGAUACCAUCCCUGGAAGAAAGGGAUAUUAUUUCAAAAUUAUGAAAGUCAGACUUUGAGAUUUGUGAAAACAAAUACCCAGAGUUAGGCUUCCAAAUCCUUAUUCAGGUGCCUAAACAAUGCCAAGUUACUUGCACCAGGUGUAGUUCCACUUAAGCCAAUGGUACGACAUUUGGUGUCAGAUAUUACUGAGGCAGAUUUAGGAUUUAGCCCUGGAUUUCCUGACUUUGGAAGUCUGAAGUAUUUAUUAGCUCCCUUUGACACUGAUGAAAGUUAAUAUCUCAGCUUCUUUGAAAAUUAGGUCACCUAUUUACAGCUCAGAUCCACAACUGAUUUAUGGCAACUUAACAAGUUACCAUCUAUCAGCUGAACUGCUAUAAUUGUCCGUGAAAUUCUUUUAUUGAAGUUUUUAACAAGUCACAUUCCCUCACAGCUGGGGAGGCUGAGGAGCCCAUGAACAGUUAUUGGCAGUGACUACAGCUCAGUUGACAGGUGUGAUUUGCUGAACUGAUUUGAUGAGUGUCUCAUUCCUGACUAGCCACCUAAGUAAGGAUGGAAGAGUCUACAUUUCCAACUACGUCUUCACAGAACUUAUGCUAGAAACGCACUCAUUCUUACCUUAGGUGACAAAGGAGCUGUGCACCAUGGCUUGUUUGAAUUACCCUCCAGAAACCUGACAGAUCUUGUUUUUGUUUCUUCACCUGUGUAACAUCCAUGGAAUCAGACAGAAAUGCAAGCAGCAGGGAAAAUCCGUUGCACUGGCUUUUAUUUGUGUGGAGUUUUAUGCCCUUAACACAGGACUAAAAGUGUGUUGCACACAUACAAGUCUGUCUAGGCACACAAGUUCAGGUUCUGCAAUGGUUUUGUGUGAAACGUGUUCAGCACUUGUGGGGCAGAAUGUGAGCAGAAGAAUUUGUUACAGCUUUAGACAUUCUGUCCAUAGCUGUCCCCUUCCCAAAUGCAAAAGAAGUUGAAAAAAACAACAGUUUCAAUUCACACUGAACAGUGAACUUCUUGCAAAGCUUUGGAAAGUCAUGUUAGAUUGCUCCACUGCUGAAAUUUCGCCUAGUGACUUCCAUUACUACCAGUUUAGGCUCUAGCCCCUUGUUUCCUGCAGUGUGAACAAGGACUUGGAAGAAUACUGGGUAGAGGGAAAGGGUUGGAGAAAAGGAAAUCUUUAGAUCAGUUUUGACAAUGAAGUCCUUGUAUUGGUAAGCAAUAGCUUGAGAGAUAGAAAAUCACCUAUGGAGUCUGUGCAUCUCUCAGUUUAAGGGGCUCAGCAGUGAAGUUCUGGGACCUUCUCAUAUUGAUAUAAAUCGCAGUAAAAUUCCUUGAAAUUAAAUGAGUGUAACAGGGCAUGGUCAUAGAGGGUGAUGGAUACAGACAUGGCUUGGUGGAGACCGUUUGCUUAAGUGCUUGUUUGGUGUGCAGUGACCGCCCUGGAGACCGCUGGCUGGUAGAAGGAUUCACAAUCACCAAGGGUAUGUUUAACUACAGGGGUGGGAUUUCUUUAAGCUAUCCCAAACUGUGAAUUUGCCCUGAGCCAGCUUUGUUACGUACACGAAAGUCUCACGAGUUGCAAUUUCUUGUUAUGUCCUUGGAGAAAUUGAAACUGGGUUUGAGUGGAGCAAAUACGGAAAGUCCAUUCCUUCUUUCAACGAAGAGACCUUCACCUCUAGUGGGAGACCCAUCUCCUGGUUGCUCUCAACCAUCUGUCCUGAGCAGGAGAGUCACUGAGCUAGAAAUCACUGGUCUGAGGGGAACGUACCACAACUGUGGGAAUGAUAAGGGCUCGCUGUGCGCAGAAACCGAGGAGAGAAGAGCCUCUUAGAGGGGAAAUCUAGUAAUUGCAAUGUUAUUAAGUCCUUUCUGCUUGAUUCUUACAACAAAUCUUCACACACUCAGUUUACAUUUAUUUGCACUGAAAUGGAGCCUGCUGCCUCUCCACUCCAGUCAUUGACACAGUAUUUUGUGCUCAAUACUGCAUUUGCAUAAAUUCAAUGUGCAUGUAAUGCAUCUAUCUAGAAGUUACUGUGAAAAGGCAAAUACCCCCAAACCCAAACAAACCAGGCUUUGUAAGCAGAUCAGUAGUUCUAGUGCAAGGUGAAGUGGCUUGUUUUUACCGAGUGUGAUACAUAGACUCCUUCAGAGAUGAUGACUUUAUGUGAAAUGUUCUAGGAAUAUUUCAUGACCAGGUUACUGUACAUUUUUUUUACUGCAACGUGCAAUUCACUUGAUGUUCUUGUGCACUUUUUUGAUUUUUUUAAUUUCAUUUUUAUUUCAUUUUGUAUGAAAGCUUUUUCACUUACCUCUCUCUUCCAAUUAUUUAUAAAAGCUAUUUUGGUUUUAACAGUUUAAAUUUGCAUUGUUGUAGUAAAUAGCAGCUCUCAAAUGUUAUGUUUCCAUCUUUCAAAAAAAGUCUGAAUAAACAAGUAGAUUCUGAAGGGAUAUCAGCUGUCCUGAAUAAUAACAUUGAACAACCAAACACAAAAAUAGCCAGGAAAAGUCUGAAUCAAUCCAAGCUUGAACAAUCAAUAAUGUUGAUGUUAAUCUCAGGGGUG